AUGUACGCCAUCGCCUUAUCAGUAUUUCUCUUCGCAUACUUCAUCGCAAAACCCCUCAUCAGCUAUUACUAUGACACCAAAGGAUUGAGAAAGUAUCCAAAUUUCACGUUCUUUUCUGGUAUCUCCGAUCUUCCCUUCCUCUUUGAGUCACAUAAGGGAUUCCGCUCGAGAAACUUGUUCGAGGCACAUAAGAAACACCCCGUUCUAAGAAUCGGUCCAAAUGCUCUUUCGAUUUCGGAUCCACGAGCUAUCAAGGAUAUUUAUGGCCAUGGCACGACGUGUAUCAAGGAUCGGUUCUACUCUGAGACGGCAAGCACGCAUUCACAUCUCGCGGAUGUUGUGGACAAAAGUGACCACGCUCGAAAGAGAAAGGUCCUGUCUAGUGCGUAUGCACUGAAGAAUCUGGAGGAAUGGGAAUUCAAGGUUGCCGAUGUUACGGGCAAACUUAUCAAGGCAUUCGACGCUCGAUGCACCAAGCCCUUGUCUCAAGGUGCUGUGCCAGAAACCAAAGACCUGACCGUCGACUAUCGAAAUUGGACUGUAUUAUUCGCCGCCGCCGCGAUUGCCAACAUCGGUCUCAGCGAAGACCUAGGUUUCUUGGACGAGGGUACCGACCAGGUUAAAUCAGAAAAUCACGACGGAACCAUCAAGAACGUUUCCUUCAGGGAAUGCCACGCAGCUACAGCCCGAGUGUCAUACCAACUAGUCUGGGCAUACGACUGGUUCAAAACGCUUAAGCGAGUUAGUCAACUAAUCUCGCCCAAGUAUCGCCAAAUGUGGAAGUUGGAUGGUGACUGGGGAGGCAUCGUCUACAACCGCGCGACUACCCGGUUAACGCGGUAUAUGGCCGGUGAGAAGCUCGAUGACUUUUUCACUGCCAUGAUGGCGGAUAAGAAUGGAGCGCCGCAUAACCUCGAAUGGGGCGAGAUCGUUGCUGAGAUCAAUAUCAUGAUGAAUGCUGGGCAUGAUACAACGGCAAUCUCACUACGCAAUGUUCUUUUCUUCUUGUUGAAGAAUCCGACGUGCAUGGCCAAGCUUCGCGAGGAACUCGACGAUACUCUCGAUGAAGAUGAAGUCGUCGCUUCUUAUGGGAAGAUAAAGCACCUGCCAUACCUGCGUGCUUGUGUCGAUGAAAGUCUCCGGAUGAUGCCUCCCGUGAUUUUCGGUCUUCCACGUCGAACGCCCCUAGAAGGUGCACCUAUCCUUGACGAUUUUGUCGCGGGCGAUACUUCUGUCAGUAUGUCUGCCUAUGUGGUUCACCAUCAGGAGUCGAUUUUCAAGGAUCACGACACCUAUAAGCCUGAGCGCUGGCUGGGGGAGGAGGGAAAGGCAUUGCAGCCGUUUUUCGUUCCGUUUAGUACGGGCGCUCGAGGGUGUAUCGGUCGCAAUAUUAGCUAUCUUGAGCAGACUGUGUUGAUCGCUUCGCUGGUGCAUCGGUAUGAGUUUGCAUUGCCAUCGGCUGAUUGGGAUCCUGCGGUUCGUGAGACUACGAACUUGAGUCCUGGUCCGAUGCCAUUGAAGAUAUGGAAAAGGGUGAUGCCAUGA